CGCACUCACAGGCCAUAUGACUGAGUCAAGCUCAGUUUUUAGUUUGUAGCUGAGCUGCGAUAAGGCUUUCUGGGAAACAGCCUGGUUAGUCGACAUUCCAUCUACCAAAAUUCAUGUCUGUGAGGCUGCUGGAACUUUCUUUAGCACCUUAAGAGAGGUGAGCACAGCCAGCUUUCUAAGAUGUCUGUGAUGGCUGGGCUUACCCCGCGGUCGUCUGUGUUUACAUUCGAGUCCACAGUACAUUCCUCCCAGGUGCUGCACCGCUUGAAUGAGCAGCGCUGCCGGGACAUGUUGUGUGAUGUGACGGUGCUGGUGGAAGGUCAGAGCUUUAGAGCCCACCGCUCUGUGCUCGCUUCCUGUAGCGAGUACUUCUUGCAAAAGAUCUCUUCCCCCACUCAACACGGAGCAGUGAUCACUUUGCCAGAAGAGGUGACAGUGGCUGGCUUUGAACCACUGAUGCAAUUUGCCUACACAUCCAAACUCAACUUUGGAAAAGACAAUGUUUUAGAAAUACGAAGCUCAGCCUCGAUCCUUGGGUUCAGGGACUUGGACGAGGCAUGUUUUGAUUUCCUCCUGCCAAAGUUCUUUGUGAGUCGCAACGGCUCUGCCCCCAUUGUGCGAAAGACCUGUUGUAGGAAGGAAUGCAAGAGGCGAUUAUCAAAAGAAAAUAGUGCCACAGACUCUGAUGACGUGUUGUUGAAUGACAAAGAAGUAAAACCAGUUGCUGACUCAUCACCAAAGCGGGACAUGACUUGGGACUGCAACAAGUCAGUGACAAACAAAAUGGGAAGUCAAAAUAGCACACGCAGUUUGGGAGCUGUAGCUGAAGGCAAAAAUGACCCAAUCAUACAGGGUCCAAAGUAUCGCAAGUUCCAGUUGGCUUGUGAAAAGGGAAUGUUUGCCAGUGAGAAAGGCUCCUUCAAUUCAGUUAUAUCAGGGAUCAGGAACGGCUGUGCCCUCUCCUGCAUGUCGUGCCCCAACAAGGUACAUUGUGAAAAAGUAGCCGUGGUUGAUUUCACUGGAAAUCCAAACUCCAAUACAUGUAUAGAAAGCAAAGCUGAAGUAGAAGAAGUGUGGGAAACUGAAAAACACAAUGUGAAAAGAGAGAACUGUGAAAACAAAGUUGUAGUUGAUAUUUCUAAGGAAGGUACAUUUGAAGAGGGAAACCAGUGUUGUAAGGUAGAGGAGAAGAACAUUAAGAUGCAUGAAGAAAAGAUGGAGUACUCAUCUGAAAUCAUUUCUUCAGAGAAAACUAAAAUAAAGACACUCUCACCAAAGCCAAGCUCAAUCCUCUGCGAGAGAUCAUCACUGCCCUUUUGCCCCUUAAUGUGUCUGGGUGUGGAAUCUACAAUUACUCAGUCAAUGGGGAAUGAAAAGUGUGUUGUCAGCAAUACAGAAAGUAAAACAUCAAGAGUCUCUGGCGCAAUAAUGUCAUGCUCUUCCCAACAAAAUGAGAUGUCAGAAGACAAGGGAAAAAAUCAAGACGAUAUCAGUCAACAAGGAAGAAAAAGUGCACAAAUGUCAAACAUGGAAAGAGCAGCUAUCAUUAGAGAAACCUCCAGAGAGAGAAGCACAGUGAAGAAGGAAACGGCUGAUCACCUCCGCAAGCAAUUCAGGUUCAGUAAAGAUGUCUACCAGCAAAAUUUCCUGGACUGUGAAGCAGGGUGUUCCACAGAUGCAUGUGGAGACUGUGAGCAGGGCUCAUCUCUACAGUGGUCAAACCUCGGUUCCACCAAAACUGGGUGCCCGUUUUUUCAGGAUUUUGACCAAAUGAACUGUCCAAUGUUUGAGAGUGAGGGGACAAAUCAGUCGUCUGUAAACUCAGGGGAGGAUGGAGAUUCUGAGACGGAAACAGAGGGAGACAGUGAGUUCUCCACCAGUGAAAGGGCGCUACAGGUGCAGUUGCCAUUCUCUGUGGAUUGGAUUGUGAAUCUGAACCGAAACGACUUCCAGCAUCUGCUGAAGCAGCAGGUUCUUACCCAAGAACAACUAGAGUUUGUCCAUGAUAUUAGACGCCGCAGCAAAAACCGCCUUGCAGCUCAGCGUUGCCGCAAAAGAAAGCUGGACUGCAUAUAUAGUCUACAGUGUGAAAUUAACAAACUGAAGACAGAGAGGGAGAAACUGAUCUUGGAGAGGAGCCGACUGACCCAGAGGAAAAUGGAAACAUGUCACACUGUAAAGGCUUUGUGUCGGAGGGUCUGCAGUGAAGCAAGACUACAACCAGAACAGCUGCAGGUGUUAGCCAGUUGCACCUCUUCAGACUGCCCUCUGUCCUCAUGGGUUCCUCAGAUAGAUGAGCUUCUGUCACAACACGGAUCAUCACUUCAUCCAAAAAAUGUGGCAUCCCAGGAAGAUACACUUAAUCCACACACAGAUACAAGCACAUGACAGAAAAGCUGAAGCAAACUCACAGUGCCACAGACUAUGAUGUUCAUUAAGCUGUACAGUAUUCUUUUGCAUUCGCUAGGACAUUAUCAUGCAUGGUGACCAAAGGACAGAAAUGUCCAGAGAUUGCAGACAGUGUAAUUGCUGUGAUCACUAGAUUCUUUUCAUUUAUUGCUUAUUUUAUUCUCUUUUUAACUCAAAUAUAUUUGGAAUGGUGACAUUGAGUUAUUUUAUUAAUAUUCCAAAAUCCACAAUGUUAUUUGUCACCAGUUUUUUACAGCAUUACACAGUGUUUUACUCACAGUCCAGGGAGCCACUCUGACAUAAGUGCUUCAAAAAAGUUAUCUGUAAAUUUCUGGAUGAACAUGUUUUAUAUUAUUUUUCAUUAAAUUCUUCAGUUUGAUAAUUAUAAGCAUGACACCUAAAUACUCAAUCCAAAUCUGGACUCAGUUGUUCUAUAGUGAUUAUAGAUAGUUUGAUUUUGAUUCAGCACUCAGGGCAUCAUUCAUGCAAGAACUUAUACUGACAUUGCAAAUUGUACAUUAAUGACAGUUAAGAAUCAGAAAACAUCCAGCAGUUUUCAGGUGUAAAUGAUAUUUUUUUAAUAGUUUGCCCUCAAGAGGCAAACCUUUUUUUUUUAUCCUUUAAAAGAAUAAUUAUUUCUAUAAACUUUGUAAACCUAAAAAUUACCAUUUAUGGCUUGUCCUUGUGUGCUCACAAAGAAAUAGUGGAUAUGUUUAGGAUGAAAUAAAAAAAAAAGCCCACAAAUCUUUAAAUAAAAAAACUGUUUAAACCAAAUAGAGAAUAUCAUUAUUAUUGCUAUCGACAUUGUAUUAUCUUGUUGCUUAUUUUCCGAAAGAAUUUUAUCUCUUUAAAAGUAAUGAAUCUACACAUAUUUUUCUUCAGUUGAUGCAUCUGCUUAAGAUUUCAGAUAAUGAUGCAAAUGUUUUUGAUGUAAAGAAAUAUUGCACUAUCUGGUAUUUUUUACAAGUCUGGUGGAAACAAUGGUAAAUUCUGGGUUUGUGACACAGAUCCCAAAAUAUUCCUUUGCUCUGGUGGUUUGUUACGGGUAACAAAAAAAACCGGGUUAUUUUGCCCUUAAGUGAUAUAUGGGUUGAAACAGUUCUUUACAAAGAUUGAAUGUCUUUCUCCUAAUAAUGCCAAAAGAGCAAAACAAAUCGUUUAGUUGUCCCCAAACAACCUUUCUACAAUUUAUUUUUAUGAUCAGCUAGUGGGAAUGGAGAACACUCCCCUUUUUUGUGCACACUAUAAGAAAAUGUUGCUGACUACCAUGAGUAGCUAACAGUGCUAAAGCUGGUUUUUGAUUGCAAGCUUAUUAUUUGGUUCUAAAUUAAAGUGUUUUUAUUGUUUUAUUUUACUUGAGGAUCACAACCACCUUAAAUUUAUCCCUCUAAUUAUCUAUAGUAUGGACUUGCUGACUUGAAUGGUCAUUGUCCACCAUACUGCCAACGUAGUGGAAUAAAGGGUUUGCCUAGGGUUUAUGCAAGAACCACCACAUGAUCAGACCAAAAUGCAGACAAGAACCAUUUACAAAACAUUGCUUUGAAAAAUGGUCAUGUACUGGAUUACAAAGAACAAUCAUGCAGUCAGCAUGCCAAGAAAAGCUUUUAAAUAUCCAGAUAGGAUUGAAAACUAAUGUUAGUUUUUGCACAAACAUAUUUAGAAAAAAUGUGGCCGUUUAGAAGUAAGUCAUAAAGAAAUGAUAAAUGACUGAGGAUUUCUGCAAAUUACUGUAACUAAUCCCAAAGUCUAUGCAUUGGCACAGUGUGCUAUGUUUAGCUUUUCAACAGUUUGGCUCUCAUUUUACUUGCAGUCCUUGUGGUCUCUUUCCCUCGGUCGACCACAGUGACAAAGAUCUUGUAGGAACCACGGAUGUGUCAUCGCUCGUUAAAAACCUAGCAACAUAAAUCUAGCCUCAUUUAACUGUAAGAUUUUUUUUUUAACUAUUUAAAGAAAACGCUUUAGUAUCUUUCCAAAGUGCGAGGCUUUACACCUGGCCAACAUUUUGAUUAAUUAGGAGGUUUUAGUAGAAAAGCCAUCCCCAUUUUUCUAUGUAGUACUAUAAAUAACUUUAAAGAACACUUUGUUUCCUUGUUCUGUCUUGAAGCACAUCCUGCUAUAGUUGAACGUUUGGCUUGUUACUUAUUAUCUUAAACACCAUUAUCUAAAUCACUGACAAAGGUCAAGUUAACAAAUUAUACAGAACUUACUGAUGAUGCAGCACAAUUAGAUUUAAGUUAAUUUCCUGAUCCCUUUCCUGAUUCUUUAUCUGUGGCUUUUAGGUUAGCUAUUACAUUUAUUGUAGUUAUAUACUUCUCAUCUACAGUUGCUUUUGAUGUACUUAAGUAAGAUUUUCUUGAUACUUUCUUAUGCUAUUAUAUUUAAAAUGAAUCAUGUUUUGAACCAGCUGUGGUCCGCUUUGAUUUACUUAAUCAUUAUGCGCAUGUUUUUAUUUCAGCUAUGUAUAUAUUAAAAUAUGUGGUAAAUGAAUAUACUGUAUUUCAUAAUAGAAACUUGAACUCUUACACUACUUCUUAAUCAGUGUGGUACUGACUGCCCUCUAGUGGCUAUACAUCGUUACUAAAGUUUACCGUAUUAUGUUAACUGAAAGGACCUCCAGCUCUUGUAUUACUGUGUCUCUCUUUUGUACCUUGGCAUUCUCAGUUGAAAUAUAUAAAAAAUUAUUUUGAUAAAAUA